AUCUUCAAUAAUUGGAAAUUUUUUUAUUUGUAAACAAAAAAUUUGGAAAUAACACUAGUUCAAAUUUAAAAAGAAAAAAAAAAAAAAAAGCAUUAAAUAUAUGAAGCUUAAAGGGGAAAUAGCAUAAAACAAAUUAGAAAGAGCCCCCACCAAGGAACAGCUUUAAGUUUUUGUUCAUUAUUCCAUCUUCUUCUUGUUUAUUGUAGUCUCAGACUUAUGGCAAUAACUUCUUGUUGUUGUUCUUCUUCUUCUUUCAAUGUCUCUCUUUUGAAAUCUGGUCUUUCAGUUUCAGUUAAGCCUAUUAGCAGAAUUUGGAUGCUUCAACCUACAAGAUUUCCUCUCAAGAACUCACUUCCACUGCAGAUCAGAUCUUCCAUUAAGAACAAGGUUUUCGAGGAUCAAUCGGAGGGAGUGAUUUGUUAUGCAGAUGAGAACGGGGAGAUCAUCUGCGAAGGAUAUGAUGAGGGCCCUCGGAUUCACCAAAGCCUUCCCGAAAAAGGGAACCAUCAAAGAGAGACAGAGAUUAUUGAUCUACUAAAACAAAGUUGGAUUCAUCUAGGAAAAGCUGGUGGGGGAGAGCUAAGCCAUGCUGAAAAAGGUGUAGCUGUUAAAAAAGACUUUAAUGCUAAUGGCUUCAACUCCUUAUGCUAAUCUAAAUAUGGUCCACUCUUUUGGAUCAUACUCAAAUAUAAAGUUGAAUGUAUGUACUUGUUAUGUCCAAUGUAAACAGGCAUUGUUUUUUAAUAAUAUAGUUCUAUAUCCUGUUUAAGUAAGGUGUAAA